GCUCUUGCUCAACUUGUUAUUUUGUUAAAGGAAUUUCACAAUAUUUUCCAACAAAAAAGUUUUCCUGUAAAGACACGGUUUGCGUUGCUCAUUCAUUAGUUUCAAUAGAUUUUAAGUACAAGUCAAAUUUUAGCCUAAAUCAAAUCAGAAAAUCAUGUCGUCUCCGUGGGGAACAGUUGCACCGGUGGAAGCAGUCGACUUCCAGGAGAUCAUGUCCGAAGAAUUUGCACGUGGUCUGCAGCAGCAUGAGGGAAUUUCUGUCUUGGGACAGGUUCCGAAGAAGAACGUGAAGCCACAAAAACCGGUGGUAAAGGUAGAAGAUUAUGAACCCGUUGCCGGAAGUUCCAGGUCGAUAGACCCAGGAGUGUUGAUCGACGAGGAGAGUGGUGGGGCAGUGGGUGGAUCAUGUUCAGACGAAUCGAUUCCGGAGGAUAUUCUGAGAGCGAUUGAGGAAGCGGACCAGAAACAGCGGGAUUCGGAUGCAGUGAUUGCGAAACUUUUGCAAGCUCAAUUCGAUUGUGAGUAUGACGAGGAACUUAAACGGGUAGAAGACCACCGGAACAAGAACUCUAGCGUGAAGAUUUCGCUGAAAAACUAUCGAAUGGUACCGGAAGAGUUGGUGUAUGACGAAGAGAUACAGGACACUCCGUUAGAUCCGAAAGCCCAUUGGGAUCGUUUUGAGACGAAUGAGAAGGAACAGAAGUCUAUGCCAAAGGUUGGUUAUAAGGUGAAUGAGGAUGGAGAGAUGGUAACGAAGCAUAACCAAGAUAUCACGGGGAGGAAGAAUGCCUGCAAGGUGAUGUCAUUUCCCCCGGAGUUUUCUACCGGGGAUGGUGCAGGUUUCGAUAUGAAACUCUCCAACAAGGUGUUCAAUCAGUUGAAAACACAUUCACAGAAGGCAACCAAAAAGCAACACAAGGCACAGGAUCGAAAAGAGAAUAUUGCAACUGCGGAAAUGGGUUUGGAUGAACCGACUAGAAUGAUUCUCUACAAAUGGAUCAACAAUCAGGUGCUGGAAUCGAUUGAUGGAAUCAUCUCGACCGGAAAAGAGGCCGUUAUUUUACACGCCGAGACGGAUCCGUCAAAUCCAAAUCUGGAAGAAGGCACGCAAUAUCCUAAGGAGGUGGCAAUCAAGAUAUUCAGUACCACGUUGAACGAAUUCAAGCAAAGAGAUCGUUAUAUUAAAGAUGAUUUUCGUUUUGCUGGAAGAUACUCGAAACAGAAUGCCAAAGUUGUAAUCAAUAUGUGGGCUGAGAAGGAGCUGCAUAAUUUGAAUCGGAUGAAAAAGUAUGGCAUCCGCUGUCCGGAAAUUGUAGCUCUGAAGAAGAACGUCCUGGUGAUGUCAUUCAUUGGGGAAAAUAUGGUCCCAGCUCCGAAACUGAAGGAAGCUAUUCUGAACGAUGCGCAGCUGAUUUGUGCCUACGAAGAAAUGGUUGAAAUUAUGUACAAGUUAUACAACGAGGCUAGGCUUGUGCAUGCCGAUAUGUCGGAAUACAAUAUUCUAUGGUUCGACGAACAGUGCUGGAUCAUCGACGUGGCUCAGUCGGUGGAGCCUGGUCAUCCCGGGGCGCUGGAGUUUCUGAUGCGUGAUUGCGAUAAUAUAAGCACGUUUUUCACCAAGCGUGGCGUGAGUGGCGUCAAGAGCAAAGAGGAAUUAUUCUUCCACAUCACCGGAAUGGAUCCGCUGACUCACAAUGCCACAAUUCUGGAGCGAAUUCACAUGAAGGGCGAACCGGCUCACAAGGUCAACGGAAUCGACGAUGACACCCCUGAAUAUUUGAAACCCGUCGAGUAUCCGUUUGAUUUUGCCUGGAAAGUGGUUAAACACAAGAGUAAAAGUCCAACGACGAUUGAGGCAGCACAAUGCCAGCCACAUCAUCAGGGAGGUUCGAUGGCUUCGUGCGUCAGUGAGUGAGGUGGUAAUCAGUGCAGGUAAACUAUUUCGGUAAAUUAUUCGAUCUGACAAACGACUAUUGUGAGGGUUCAUUAACAUGGCUUAUGUAAGUAUA